AUGAAGGAUGUUGGAUUAAGCUUACCUGACCACCAAAUGCAAAUUCCAUCUCCACUUGUAACCUGCCCCCAAAUUUUGUCGUUCUGGCCCUCAAUCAAUAAUGAUCGUCAUGAUUCCCCUUCCCUACCAAAAGUUAUGUGCGUUUCUGCUACAUUCAAUGGCCUCUGGAGCAUUCCGCCAUGGCCGGUGUUGUCCCCAUGGUAUAUUUUAGAUAUUGUCGGAGGCUAUUUCAUGCCAUGGAAUUGGAUAUUUUCGCCGUACAAGGAUGAUUCUGCACGGGUUCCUAUGCCUAAGGAUCAUCAUAUACUCAAUAUGUCGCCCAAGAUUUCGCUCCAUCGCCAGAAUCAUUCUUCCGCGGAACUUGUGAAAGAAAUUGCUGCACUCGAAGUUGAAAUAGUGAAUUUGGAGAGUUACCUUCUUUCUCUGUACCGGACAGCGCUUCACCGGCAUCUCCCGAGCAUUCCAGGGGACUACGGCAACCAUGUAAAAGAAAUAACUGGAAUAUCUCCACGUUUUACCUCGGAUCAUCUUUCCCUGAAAUCAAAACUGGAAACACCAAGAAAUUCCAAGGAUCAGAAAGCCCGAAGCUCUUCGGAAAGCGCUUUAACCAGCUCUUCAAAAUCAAUUCAAAUUGCCCUUCCAAAGCCCUCGCCUUGCAAGGAAAGGAAGAGCUUCCGGCACCGUAGCCUUGCUGAUCAUUUCGGGAAUCAUUACAUAGAUGAUUCCUUCAUCUCCCCGGGUAGACUAUCCGAAGACAUUAUGAGAUGUAUAUCGUUGAUUUAUUGCAAACUCGCCAGCCCCGCACAGACUCACAAAGGGUAUUCCGUCUCGUCCUCUUCCUCCUUCUGCUCCUCCAGCACAUUCUCCCCGAGAAAUUUAUCAGGCAGUUGGAGUCCUCAAUGCACUGACGAAAUUAGCGAGAAUUGUGGUUCGGAAGGCGUGAAACAGGACAAAGGACCCUACUCUGGAAUGGUGGAAGUUACGAAGAUACGUUUGGACGACGAGAGUUAUGGUUAUGCAGCUACGAUGCUCCAUAAAUUCAGGUCUUUAGUCAAGCAUCUCGAGAAAAUUGACUUAAAGAAGAUGAGGCGCGAAGAGAAGCUCGCUUUUUGGAUCAACAUUCACAAUGCAUUGGUGAUGCACGCUUACUUGGCGUACGGAACUCAAAACUACAUAAAGAGCGCUUCCAUUGAAAAGGCUUCUUAUAAUGUCGGAGGACAUCAUGUAAAUGCUUACGACAUACAAAGCAGCAUUCUGGGAAUCAAAUCACAUUAUUCUGCCCCUUGGCUUCAGACACUUCUAUCUCCCGGGAAGAAGUUCCGGGCUGGGACUACCAAACAUCCUUGUGCUAUCGACUACCCUGAACCGCUCGUUCAUUUCGCCCUUUGCUCGGGCUCAUACUCUGAUCCUGCGCUUCGAGUCUACACCUCAAAGCACAUCUUUCACGAUCUGAAAGUCGCCAAGGACGAGUUCAUGCAGGCCACCGUGUACAUCCACAAGCAAACAAAGAUAUACCUGCCGAAAAUCCUUCGGUAUUAUGCCAAGGACGUGUCGCUCAGCAUGGCAGAGCUUCUGGAAGUGGUCUGCGGAAGCCUCCCGGUGAGCCAGCAGAAAGACAUCACGAAAAUGGCCAAGGGUAGGCCGGAGAAGCACGUGUACUGGCUCGAGCAGAGCGCGUCGUUUCGAUACUUGAUCGACAAGGAAGUAGCUGAAAUGAGAUGGAGUUCUUGAUUGAUGAUGAUACAAGAGAGUAUGUUGACAAUAUCCCUUUCUUUUUUCUCCUCCAGAAAUCAAAGAUUGCUUCAGUUAGUA